AUGACAGAUCAUUUACAAAAAAAUAGUAAAACAGCAUUAAACUUAAAAUUAAACACUUUAAUAAAACAACCAUACAAAUAUGGCUUCCAUACUAAAAUAGAUUCUGAAGCUUUCCCUAAAGGGCUAAACGACAAAAUUAUUCAAUUAAUUAGUAAAGAAAAAAAAGAACCUGAAUAUUUAACAAAUUUUCGUUUGAAAGCAUAUAAUAAAUGGAAAAAAAUGGAUGAGCCUAAAUGGAGUCAAUUAACAUAUAAUAAAAUUAAUUACAACGAUAUUAUAUAUUAUUCUGUACCUAAAUAUCAAAAACAAUUAAAUAGUUUAGAAGAAGUAGAUCCUACUAUUUUAGAAACUUUUGAAAAAUUAGGUAUACCUUUAAAUGAACAAAAAAGAUUAAGCAAUGUUGCUGUUGAUGCCGUAUUUGAUAGUGUGUCUAUUGCAACUACAUUUAAAGAAGAAUUAGCAUCUGUUGGCGUUAUUUUUUGUUCUAUAUCUGAAGCAAUUCAUAAAUACCCAGAAUUAAUUAAAAAAUAUUUAGGAUCUAUUGUUCCUAUAGGAGAUAAUUAUUUUGCAGCUCUUAACUCUGCUACUUUUAGCGAUGGUUCGUUUUGCUAUAUUCCCCCAAAUGUAAAAUGUCCGCUGGAAUUAUCUACUUAUUUCAGAAUCAACAAUAAAGAAUCAGGGCAAUUUGAAAGAACUUUAAUUAUUGCUGAUAAAAAUAGUUACGUAAGCUAUUUGGAAGGAUGUACAGCACCUCAAUUUGAUACAAAUCAAUUGCAUGCUGCUGUUGUAGAAUUAGUAGCUCUUGAAAAUGCAACUAUUAAAUACUCUACAGUUCAAAAUUGGUAUUCAGGAGAUUCUACAGGUAAAGGAGGUGUAUAUAAUUUUGUUACUAAACGCGGUUUAUGCAUAGGUAAUAAAUCUAAAAUUUUAUGGACACAAGUUGAAACAGGUUCAGCAAUUACAUGGAAAUAUCCUAGCUGUAUAUUAGCUGGUUAUAAUUCUAUAGGUGAAUUCGCGUCUGUAGCUUUAACUAAUAAUUAUCAGCAGACAGAUACGGGAAGUAAAAUGAUUCAUUUAGGAGAAAAAACACGAAGUAAAAUUAUUUCUAAAGGUAUAUCUGCUGGUAAUUCAAUAAACAGUUAUCGUGGUUUAGUAAAAAUUGGACCAAAAGCCAAUCAUGCUCGAAAUUAUUCGCAAUGUGAUUCUUUACUAAUAGGAAAUAAAUCUCAUGCAAAUACUUUUCCUUAUAUACAAGUACAAAAUUCAUCCGCAAAAGUUGAGCACGAAGCUUCAAUCUCUAAAAUAGGUGAAGAACAAAUUUUCUAUUUCUUGCAAAGAGGUAUUAAUUUAGAAGAUGCGAUAUGCUUAAUGAUAAGUGGUUUUUGUAAAGAUGUUUUUAACGAACUGCCGAUGGAAUUUGCUAUGGAAGCAGAUAGACUAUUAAAUUUAAAAUUAGAAGGAACAAUAGGUUAA